CUUUAUAAGCCACUUCAGUACACAGUGUAAGACUGACAAGAGAUACAGCAGGCUUGUCCAUUUAUCAACAGAACUGUUCUACGCAGAGGAAGAUGGAUGGUCGUUUUAUCCCAACUGAUCUAGCUGAAAAUUUUUUGAAACAUGAUGUUUGCUGUUUUGAGAAGAUGGGAGCCUAUGAUGAAACAGAUGCCUUUAAAUGGACACAGAAUGCGCCAAUCAAUGAAAUCCCGCUAAUGUUUAAGAAUUACAACAAUGAGCGUCUGAUUGCAUGCCCAGAGGAAUCCAUUGCCACAUUUCAACCAGUUGAUGAGACUGAUGAUCCAAGGGAAAAAGCCAUGUUUUUCUUGCACACAUACAGAGAACUUGCAAAUCACCACAAAGGAAUGCCAGUGGCCAUCAGCUGCAAAAUUAGCAAUAAGGAGUAUCUCAUGUGUGCUACAAGCAAUAGUUCAAUUACUAUUAAGGAGUGUGAAUUGCCUAAAGAAAUACCAUCAAAGACCAGCGAAUUUAUUUUCUACCAAAAAGUAUUUUCUACAGAACAGACCUCUUUCCGUUUUGAAUCAUCGGUGAAUCAAGAUUUUUACCUUGCCUAUAGCACAGAACACCAUGUAAAGAAACUGUUCCUGAAGCACUGCCCUGAAGGGGAAAUUGAUGAAACUAUUAUGAUUAUCUUGGAAGACACCAUGAGCAUGCCAGACGUCUCAUAACGCAAAAGCAGUAACUGUGAGGAUACCAGGUUUAUGUGGGUAUGGGACUCAGGGUUGACAGUGUCUAGGUCGU